AUGCCACCUGCCCGGGCUCUUCGCCAGCGUGGUGUCACGAACGAAAAUGACGAAAAUGGAGCGACAACGCGGCUAACACGGGCAAAGACUGCUACUCUCAGUGUCCAGGAUGCUCAUUCCUCAAAUGGAGCAAUUACAAAACCACUGCAAUCCAAGAAAUCUGCUGCCAAUACCGCCAACACUACCACUCGGAGACGUCCCGCCCUGGGGGAUGUUAGUAAUAUGGCAAAGAUGGACAACGUAGAUGGUACCAAAGAGGCGAAGAAGCCAGCUACCUCACGCGUUGGUUUGACUUCCAAAGCCUCCACGCACAGUGCUGGGGUUCAGAAACUUGGUCGAACAAACACAUCACGGUCUGCCCUAGCUGUGAAGGAUACCAACAAACAACGAGAAACAACCGAGUUAAAACGUCCGGGCAGUGGUUCUGGGGUUUUGGGAGGCACAAAAACGAAGCGUCAAUCAAACCAAAAACCAACCCGAGCCGAAGCUGCAAGCGCUGUUGAGGAGCCACCUCGAGAAAAGGUCGAUUCGGAGAAGGCUGAAAUCGAGAAGACCGAGAACGAGAGGGAGGCCGUUUUGGAGAAAGCUCUCGAUGGAAAAGAAGUCGCGCUGGAAGAAGAAGAGGUCUUGGACCUUGACACUGAAGACCUCUAUGAUCCUAUAAUGGGGGACCAUGCCCAACCCGGACUACAUCUACCACCAAGAAGAACUCGAGUGGGGAUUGCGUGGCGUUCUUGUUGA